AAGCACAUGACCAAUGCCGUAUCAUAACCACUUCUUGGCUCCGGGAAUCACUUGCAGUCGAGUGCGCGAUCCGUUCACAAGUCGUUUUUGGUCAACAAUUACUAGUAAUUGAUUAAACCGCAAAAAUGUCUCUCGCUGAUCCCGUCGCCUUCAUGAAGGAUUUCCUCGCUGGAGGAAUUUCCGCUGCCGUUUCCAAGACAUGUGUGGCCCCCAUCGAACGUGUCAAACUGCUUCUGCAAGUCCAGCACAUCUCCAAACAGAUUCCAGAGAACCAGCGCUACAAAGGUAUGGUCGAUUGCUUUGUUCGUAUCCCAAAAGAACAAGGUGUUAUGGCCUACUGGCGUGGUAAUUUGGCCAAUGUUAUUCGUUACUUCCCCACGCAAGCUCUCAAUUUCGCCUUCAAAGAUAAAUACAAGCAAAUUUUCUUGAGUGGUGUCGAUAAGAAAACGCAAUUCUGGCGCUAUUUCAUGGGUAAUCUUGCUUCUGGUGGUGCUGCCGGUGCUACUUCGCUUUGCUUCGUAUAUCCUCUAGAUUUCGCCAGAACUAGAUUAGCCGCUGACGUCGGUAAAGCCGGUGGCGAGCGCGAAUUCACCGGUUUGGGCAACUGUUUGGUGAAGAUCUUCAAAGCUGAUGGCUUGGUCGGUUUGUACCGUGGCUUCGGUGUUUCCGUCCAGGGCAUCAUCAUUUACCGUGCUGCCUUCUUCGGCUUCUACGACACAGCCAAGGGUAUUUUGCCCGACCCUAAGAACACCCCUCUUGUCAUUUCAUGGGCUAUUGCUCAGACUGUGACCACCAUCGCUGGUAUCGUAUCCUAUCCCUUCGACACCGUCCGCAGACGCAUGAUGAUGCAAUCUGGCCGAAAGAAGACCGAAAUCAUCUACAAAAACACCCUUCACUGCUGGGCCACCAUUGCCAAGACCGAAGGCACCGCUGCCUUCUUCAAAGGCGCCUUCUCCAACAUUCUCCGCGGUACAGGCGGCGCCAUCGUACUUGUACUUUACGACGAAAUCAAGAAAUUGGUUUAAUUUCAUUCUAGUCUAGUCUCACUUUGCACAUUUUGAUCCAUACUCUAGCAAAAUUAUUCUUUUUUUGACUUUGAAUUGCGCCUAUUUGUGUCGACUAGUCAUUCCGGAUGGGGAAAUCAUACGAGGGACCCCUAAAGUGCUCACUCGCCUGAUUUGGCUGUCACCGCAUCCGUUGCGGCAUUUACAAGGCGCAAUUCCAAGUUUUCCGAAUAGAAAAAUAGAAAAAUGCCCUUUUCAAGAUUAUUACUCGCCAAAAACACAAACAAGUUGAACGGAUCGCCAAAUUGUACAUAACUAUGUUGUUGAUAUUUAUAUAUUUUUGUCACAAAAGACCAGUGAUUACAUUAAUAAAAAUCUUGGUGUUAUUAA